UUGGCGUUUGUGCCUGCGCUUGUUGAGUGCGGAUUGUAAACAUACGGCUAUGGCUGCUGAGAGGGGCGGAGGCGAUAACAACGUUAACGACGAAAUGGGGAACCAACUACAGCUCCUGCCAGAAAACGAAGAAGAAGAAGACGACAUGGAGACGUUGGAGGAUCGAGAUGGUGAGGAUGCAGAAAAGACAAGUAUUAUAAACUUUGACACGAGUCUGCCAACCUCACACGCUUAUCUGGGCUCAGACAUGGAAGAGUUUCAUGGCCGUACCCUGCACGAUGAGGACAGCGUGCAGAAUCUGCCAGUUCUUCCCCACAUUGCUCUCAUACUGAUCCCAGGUCAGACGCUGCCCUUACAGCUCUUCCGACCGCAGGAGGUCAGCAUGUUUCGCAACCUCGUAAGCAGAGAUCGCACAUUUGCGGUGCUUGCACACAGUCCUGAUGCAAGUGGAACGGAGAUGAAGGCAGAGUUUGGGACGACUGCCGAGAUCUAUGCAUUUCGCGAGGAGCAGGAGUAUGGAAUAGAGACUGUAAAGAUCAAAGCUAUUGGACGGCAGCGCUUCAGAGUGCAUGACAUACGCACACAAGCCGAUGGGAUUCGUCAGGCAAAAGUGCAGAUUUUACCUGAAAGGAUUCUGCCGGACCCUUUAUGCACUUUGCAAUUCCUGCCACGUUUACACACACAAACGCCACAGACCAAACACACACAACCAACAACACAGCAGGUGCGGUGCAGCCAGACCUAUAAACGGAAGAAGUUUCUCUCAGCUAGCAUGACAGCAUGGCCACCUUGGGUAUAUUCCCUUUAUGACUCAAAAACGCUUAUGAGCAGGGUAAAGAAACAACUACACGAAUGGGAUGAAAACCUCAAAGAUGAGUCCCUGCCCACAAAUCCCACAGAUUUCUCGUACAGGGUCGCCGCAUGUCUGCCGAUUGAUGACGGUCUUAGACUGCAGCUGUUAAAGAUUGGCAGCGCCAUACAGAGACUUCGCUGCGAGUUGGACAUCAUGGACAGGUGCACCUCUCUGUGCUGUAAACAGUGUCAGGAUACAGAGAUAACCAGCAAGAAUGAGAUCUUCAGUCUGUCUCUUUAUGGGCCGAUGGCAGCAUAUGUGAAUCCCCAUGGUUAUGUUCAUGAGACACUUACAGUCUACAAGGCCAACAACCUUAACUUAGUUGGGCGACCUUCCACACUUCAUAGUUGGUUUCCGGGGUACGCGUGGACGAUUGCUCAGUGCAGAACCUGUGGUUCUCAUAUGGGCUGGAAGUUCUCCGCAGUAAAGAAGGAUCUGAGUCCUCCUCGUUUCUGGGGUUUGACCCGUUCUGCCCUGCUGCCAACAAUUCCGCAAGGCGAGGAGGGGGUCGAGGGGUCACGCUUGCUGUGCCUGUGAUAUGAUGUGUGGAUUACCUUUGCCCUUAAACCCAAAACGCAAGCGUAAAUUCCCACUAAGGGAUUCCUCUGUCACCCCAAAAACAUGAGACUCCAAAACCUCACCCAAAAAAAGUGCAAGAUUAAGUGUGUAGGUGAAUGCAUGAAUAGGGAGAGGAAGGAAAAGGAGACAUGAUCGCAUAAGACACGAGUAGAAGGUUCAACAGAACUCAAGUUGUUGCCUUUACACACACUUUGCUGUGUGUAUUAUAGCCUGAUAUGUGCAAUAUCAGAACAAACAGGCUUUUGAGUAAUUUCAAUCUUGGGUAAUGUACUUAAUUUCAUUUCGAAGCACUUUUCCCUUGUUAUUACUUCCUAGAUAACUGUUAUUGAUGCUUUGCUUUAAGUAUUCAAGCAGAGACGAGGGUCGGCCAUCGGUUUGUGAUGUUUGUACGCUGUCAGAUGUUUAUUUAAGAAAUCUUAUCAGCCAGUGUCACUAGUGACUUGUGUUUGUGUAACAAAAGGUGAUCAUUUCAUCUAGUUCCCCAAAGUGAUGGGAAAUCUUCCAGGGGAGUGUUUUUUUAUGCUUAAUAUACUGACGUCAUCAACAAUCAGUGGAGUACCGAGUGCUUUUGUACUUUUUAAAUCAAGACUACUCGAAUUCACCUGUCACACAACCGAUGACCAAAAUUGGUACCCAGUCGGAUAAUAAGGGAAAUGGCAGGGAGUUACCUUUUUAUGUUGUUUAGAAUCAAUAUCAAUAGCAAUUCUCAAAACAUGUUGUGAAUUUCUGUUUUGUUUUCUUUGUUACAGACCAUUUAUUUGGAUGGUAUUAAUACAGUUUGUUUUUGAGGGAGUCAAACAUAUGCUGAGCUACAGUAUGUACAUCCAGAUAGGGCUUGGUGUGUCGACAAAAUGCUGUCUGCAUUGAGAAGCGUCAUUUGAAGAAAAAAAACAUCAUGUCACAUAUACAUUAAAUGGAUUGAUACAGCAAAUAUAUUCUGCACAAAUAUACAUUUUACAGUGAUCAUUUAUGUAGGUGUAGUAAGAAUAAGACAACACAAACGUCCGUACAUGCUAACUUACAUAUCUGGAAUGCUACUCUUUCAUGAGAUCAAUACUUAUAAGGUUCAGUACUGCUCAGUUUUCAUCAAUAAACUGCUUCUAAAAGUUGA